GUGGAACACGAGUUUUGCAACAUACACCAAACCCCAGACGCCCUUCUCCUCAAGGUUCAAGAACGAUGCCGGGCCCCAAGCUACACACUCCACCUACCUUCCGACGCUUCGUCGAGGUCGGACGAGUGGUGCUCAUUGAUGACCCAUCAUCCCCAUCCAACGGCAGAUUAGCUACUAUCGUCGAGAUUGUGGACCACAGCCGAGCCUUAAUCGACGGUCCUACCACCUCCGUUCCUCGCCAGGCAAUCGCCUUCCGUCGGGUCAUCCUCACUCCAUAUGUCCUCAAAGGUCUUCCCCGGGGCGCCCGCAGUGCCACUCUUGGCAAGGCAUUCGAGAAAGCGGAGGUUACCAACAAGUGGGAAGCAAGUAAUUGGAAGAAGAGCAUUGAUGCUAAGGCUGUUAGACGAUCGCUGACCGACUUCCAACGAUUCGAAGUCAUGCUGCUCAAAAGGCAAAAACGAGACAUCAUCGGCAAAGGCCUCGCCAAAGCAAAGAAAGCCAAUGCAUAAUUAUCUUACUAUCAUGCUAUCAUCUUCGCCCCGCUGUCCCAAUUACUGUUCACUCGGAGUUGACCUGCUCUCACUACCCACGCAUGGCUGCCCUUCGUCCCCAUAUGUCUCAAUACAAGCUGAUGGGUUUCUGUCGGAUGUUACUUGUCUUCAACGUCUCCGCUUUAUG